AUGCGCGGUCUAUACUGGAGCUCUUAUGUAUACAUCGCCAAACCAUGGAGCUACCAAGACUGGGUCUACUACGGCAAUACUCUGACCCUCGCUUUUUGUAUCGCAGGGUCCUUUGUCGGACUGCUACAACCUUGGACCCACAGAUACAAAUCGAUUCAGAUAGCUGGUCUUUGCGUCAAAAUUAUCGGCAUGGGAAUCAUGCUAGAAGGAGAUAUGGCAACCGACAAUACGGCAGCAAUGGUUAUAUCCAUGAUUCUAGUCAGAUUCGGUGGCUCAAUGUCCGUCGUUGGAUCGCGUGUCGCCUCCGAAGCCUAA